CGUGACCGCGACGCCUGACGUCAUUGCGUAAUCACAGAAACAUGGCGCUGCGCUCUUACUGUCGACAGCUGGCUGCACAGGUAGUUCGUUUAAAGCACAGCGUUAACGACUGCACGAGAAACGUGUACGGUUCAGGUUUGUCUUCAGCGCGGUUAAAACCGCUGCAUGCGUCGGCGGGUGUAUUCGCGCUUUUGAGCCGCUGCCACAGAAGGUCAUGGCAUCUGUGUUUGAGUGACAGGCGUCCCACAGGCGCAGCGGGGGUCAGCAGCUGGACUUUCGCGUGGGGAGUCAUGGCCUUUUCGCUUUUUGGAAGCUCUGAUGAGAGGACCGAGGAGCAAAAACUUGAGGAUGAACUUAUUCUGCUCUUGAAGAAAGCCAAGUACAGCAUGAUGAUUGGGGAACUGGAUGCAGCCAACGGCUUCUUACACAAAGCUGUUCGACUGGCGCAUCAGAUGCACAAUAACGAUGCCAUCAUAUACACAUACAGCCUGAUGGCGAAUCUUGCAUUUGUCCAAGGUCAGCUGGAUAAUGCUGAGAAGCUGUUCAAAGCAGCCAUGAGUUUUAUGCUGUCAGGAGGAACACCUCAGGAUGACAACGCAGUGAUUGAGAUGUCGCUGAAGCUGGCCAGCAUAUAUGCCACUCAAAACAAGAACGAAUUGGCAGAGCAUGGCUUCCAGUUCUGCACAGAGUCUUUAGAGGCCAAGAUUGAGAAACAGAAGGAGCUUCCUUCAGAAAGCCUGUCAGAUGAGGAGUGCAAAGACACCAGGUUGCUGCUCGGUCUUAGUCUGGAUGCGAGGGCGCGUUAUCUGGCAGCUAAUCAUCGUUUCACAGGCGCCUGCAGAGAUUAUCGGCACGCGCUGCAGAUCUGCCAGGAGGAACAGGGAGAAGCUCAUCCACAGACCCUGGUCCUGAUGAGUGACCUGGCGACCGUGCUGGAUCUGCAAGGAAAGCAUGAUGAGGCUCUGGCUUACGUGAAGAAGGCGGUUGAGCUUGGACAGGCAGCGGGUCACCCUGAUCAACAUGUGCUGCUUGGGAAUAUGGCGGGAAUUCUGAUGCACAAAGGGGAGUUUGAGGAGUCUAGUAAACUGUAUCAGGAAGCUCUGGCUCUGGCACAUGCAGCAGGAGAUGGAGAGGCUGUUGAGCAGCUUCAGGAAGGGCUGAAAGAGCUGGCCAGCAGGAGAGAUGGGAAAACGGAGAGCAAACCUGAAGAAACGGAGCUUAAGGAAUGAUCUGAACGAUGCCUGCACGCGCGCACACACACACACACACACACUCCUGGAAGUAUAAUAUACUUCAGUAUAGCACAACAUUAGGGCGAAUAUCCGUUUUUGUGCAAAAAUAUCAUACUUAGCAAGGACCAUAAUUCUCCAGCCGUGAAUAAUUGUUACAUUCACUGGUUACCACAAUUUUCACCCGUAAUGCAACAGUACACAACAUAUAUUGUCUUUUUAUAUUUUACCUCCCAAUAGAACUUAUUUUGUAGCCUUGCUCUUGGACUGUAAUAAAUGUUUCCUCUGUAAAACAGAAUCAGGGAAGAUGAUGAGAGACUGAUGACUGAGUGAGAAGUCAGAAAUGCUGUACAUCAGGGCAGCUCAUUAUUGGUCUUUUAAAAUAUUGUGCAAUGAAACAAGUAAUAAUCUUAUUUAAAGCCAACUUGUGUUAAUGUAUUUGAUGUGAGAAGUGGUUUGAUAAACCUGUCAACAAAA